AUGGCGAUGAUGACGACUGGCCGUGUGCUGCUGGUGUGUGCCCUCUGCGUGCUGUGGUGCGGUGCUGGCGGUGGUGGACGAGCUGAAACACCUUCUUCACCUUCUCUGGAAACUCAGCCCGAAAAGAGCACUCAAAAGAAAGAAGAGGUUGUCGCUGGAGAUGUUGACCAAAGCAGUAAACCGGUAGCGCCUAAAGAACCCACACCAAAGGCGUCAGAAUUACCGGAAAAGCCAGCUAACUCAUUACAGCCACAACAACCCGGAGGAGCAUCAAAAGCGGCAAGUCCAACGACGGACAGCAUGGUUCAAAAUACAGAAGGUAAAAAUGAGGAAGAGGAAGAGGAAGGGGAUGAUACGAAAGAAAAGGAGGAGACAAAGAAAGAAGAAGAAACUGUUACCAGCAUCACAGGGGGGAUCUCAGCAGGCGGUCAAGAGCAGCCGAGUUUAUCUUCUGCUGCGGAGGGAGCAUCGAAUAUAACAAAUCCCAACAGCACCCAAACAACUGGAGACGGUGAUCCAGCAGCUGAUGGUGCAGGGACAGCAGAGGGAAAACAAAAUGAAAAUAAAGAUGCCAAUCCGAAAGAAACACCAGUGACGGCCGCAGCCAUGAAAACUACAACGGCUACGACUGGCAACAGCGACGGCAGCACCGCGGUAUCCCACACCACCUCCCCUCUUUUGCUUCUUCUUCUUGUUGUUGCGUGUGCGGCUGCGGUGGUGGCCGCGUGA